CCGAUGCAUGGUCGCCGAGUACCUUCUGCUAAUAAAAGGGCGACGUUCCCCUCUUCCGUUCCGUAGGAUCUCUGCCCUCUCCUCCCCUCCGCGGUCGCGCUAGACGGUGUACCCUAUGCCUGUCGCGAUGGCUUCAUUCCGGUACCUCCUUUUCCUCCUGUCUGCCCUUGCCCUUAUGGCAAGCGCGACGCAAGUCAUGCAGCGCCCCGCGGACUACAAGGACCCCCCGAACAAGGUUCAGACAAACCCUGACCCUCAGGUGCAGCAGAUCCACAAGAGGGCAAGCGGCAAGGUGCAGGCAGCUUAUUUCACGAACUGGGGUAUCUACGGCGCCAACUUCCAGCCGACGAAUAUCACUCCCAGCGAUCUCACCCAUAUCUUAUACGCCUUUGCCGAUGUUUCGCCGGAUACUGGCAACAUUUCUCUUACGGACACUUACGCCGAUGAGCAGAAACACUUCCCAGGUGACUCUUGGGACGAGACUGGAAAUAACCUGUACGGCUGCUUGAAGCAGAUGUAUCUGCUGAAGCUCGCGAACCGGAACUUGAAGGUUCUCAUGUCCAUCGGAGGCUGGACGUACUCCCAGGACGGACACUUCUCAUUUGUGACAGACGCGACGAAGCGGGCGACCUUCGUCAGCGCUGCGGUCUCGCUGAUUGAAAACUUUGGCUUGGAUGGCAUUGAUAUCGACUUUGAGUACCCUUCUUCUACCGCACAAGGUCAAGGCUUCGGUGCUCUCUACACCGAACUCCGGACGGCCUUCGACAACCUAGCAGCUAAGAAAGGCGACACCGUGCCCUAUCAACUAACCGCUGCCGUGUCCGCCGGACCUGCUAACUAUGCCUACCUUGAUGUGCCCACCAUGGAUGCCGCGCUCACCUACUGGAACUUGAUGGCCUACGACUAUGCGGGCUCGUGGCUGAACUUCACCGACAACCAAGCCAACCUGUACGGUGGCGCACGCACGAACGUGAGCACGGAUGCCGCGAUCAAGUGGUACGAGGCGAACGGCGCCACGCCCAGCAAGAUCAACGUCGGCAUCCCUCUGUACGGCCGCGCUUUCGAGGACACCAACGGCCUCGGGGACUCUUACAACGGUAUCGGCCCCGGCACGAUCCAGGCUGGCAUCUACUCUUACAACGUCCUGCCACUUGCGGGCGCGACGGUCUACGAGAACUUGACGGAUGUCACGAGCUACUCAUACGACGCCACGAAGAAGGAGCUCGUUUCGUACGACGACCCGCACAUCGUGCAGCUCAAGGCGCAGUAUGUCCAGACCAAGGGUCUUGCUGGCACCAUGUUCUGGGACCUCUCGACCGACAAGACCGGGAGCGACAGCCUUGUCCAGACGGCGGCGAACGUCUAUGGGGGCUUAGACACGACUCCGAACCACAUCAACUAUCCCGACAGCGAGUGGGACAACAUUCGCAACAACAUGGGCUCCUCGACCGGAAGCUCGACGAGCUCCGUGCCGUCCUCCACGAGUACCCAGCCUACGACCACUUCUAGCCCUACGUCGACUUCGAGUACCACUACUUCGGCCCCUACGACUACCACCUCGCCCUCUGGAUCCUGUGCUGGUGUCUCCGCCUGGAGCUCUUCCAUUGCAUACACGGGAGGCGCCCAGGUCACAUACAAUGGUCACCUCUGGACCGCGAAAUGGUGGACGCAGAAUGACACCCCCGGAGGUGCCGCAGGAGUCUGGACCGACAAUGGGGCUUGCUAGAUACCAGCGCCGAUUAUAUCCAUUGGGCUUGCGAGAGAAGAAACGCACAUUUGUAGUAUUUAUUAGCAAUAGUAUUCGCGUCUUAGAGCACAUACGUCCCGAUGGUCAUCUCCAGCUGAGAAUAAACUCAAGUCACCGCACAUCGUGAGGCCACCCUUCGGAGAUCGUAGAAUUGCAUUAAGCAUCAGUGUGGUAAGUCUAUGCUGGCAAACAUGUUGAUAAGUCCCGGACAAACGUUACGGAGACGGUCGAACAGCAAAGUCAAUAAAGGUGAGUAUAGGCAGCUGGGGAACUUGGCCAUCCUGGUUAAUCAUCGCUUCAUCCUCGUCAUCUUCUAAUCCAAACUCUUCCUCCUCAAUUUGCGGAGCAUCAGCCUGCGCGGCUUCCCCCGUUCCGUCUGUGUAGUCCUCUGCUAAAGCGAUGGUCACGGGCCGAGGUAUCUGCGAUUCCUCCCAUAUGAAAUAUAACCCGGUGUCAGUCAUUUGCAGGCAGUCGAUCUGGCUCAGGAGCCGUAUAUCCUCGAACCCUAAGGCGCAACAGAUAUACAGAUUCGGGAACGCGAAUCCGCAUUCGGGUGGGUCUUCCGCUCCACCGUAAUCCUCGUUAGACUCUGGCAAAGGCAUCGGAGGACCAACACCGUGAUAGGUAGAGUCGAGCGUUACAACGUAGAUUCCAGUGCACAUGACCAAGCCAAUUUUCCCAUUCUCAAAGGCAUGGUACAAGGAAUCCCCGUGGUCAGUGAAAUCGAUUCUGGCGGAGCUCAGAGCCAGAGGCACUUCUUUCCGUGCGAUACGCGUGAAAUCUGGAAUUAACAGCAAUGUCUCUGGAUUUCCGAGGACCGCGAGGGUGCGUCCAUCUGCAGAGACAUGGACUGCAACAAACUCCUCUAUCAAGCUGCACCCUGCCCCUGGACCAUAAUAUCGAGAAACAGCUUCCAGAGGAGCGAUUGCAGCAUUCGGGACCCCCGGACUUGUAGGGAACUGAUGUGUAUCGACUGUCAGCAACAUACCAAUAUCCUGUGCGUCUCUUAUCG